GGUCCCCGCCGCGGGGGCUGCCCCCUCAGCGCCUCCCCGCCCGCCGCCCUUCCGCGUCUUUUUUCUACGCGAAGAGAGAAGCCGGGACGCGGCCCGCCCGCCGCGGAGGGACCCGAGGUGCCCGCGCGUCGCGGAGCGGACAGGCGGCGCCCCCGGUGCUUCCCCCCCCCGUCCCGUCCCGUCCCGUCCCGUCCCGUUCCCGAGGCGAUGCCGAAGGUGAAGCGCAGCAGGAAGCCGCCCCCCGACGGCUGGGAGCUGAUCGAGCCCACGCUGGACGAGCUGGAUCAGAAGAUGAGGGAAGCGGAGACUGAGCCCCACGAAGGGAAGAGGAAAGUGGAAUCGCUUUGGCCUAUCUUCAGGAUUCACCACCAGAAGACCCGUUACAUUUUUGACCUCUUCUAUAAAAGAAAAGCCAUCAGCAGAGAGCUCUACGAGUACUGCAUCAAGGAAGGAUACGCCGACAAGAACCUGAUCGCCAAGUGGAAGAAGCAGGGCUACGAGAACCUCUGCUGCCUGCGCUGCAUCCAGACGCGGGACACCAACUUCGGGACCAACUGCAUCUGUAGGGUCCCCAAAAGCAAGCUGGAAGUGGGGAGAAUCAUCGAAUGCACUCACUGCGGAUGCCGAGGUUGUUCUGGGUGAAGUGCCGAGACGCAGGCGUACCUUUUGAACUCUGACCUCGUCUUACCCCAUGGACUGUGAGUGCAAUUAUAACCACCUUCUGCGUGAUUGGAUAGUUUAUUGCAAUUAAACCAGCAACGUGCUCACCUGGAUGAUAGCUACAAAGGAUGUUGCUUUGGAGUAGCUUUCUGUGUAGCCAUUUAUUUUAAAAUAAAAGUCUGCUUUCCUGA